AGUGUCAGACUCGAUUCCUCCUCCUACUCAGAGGAAACCUGUCACUUCUAGCUGUCCUGCCCUCCCUUUUAAAGGGCGACUUGCCCUGCGCCGGACUGCGACUCCAGCCCUCUCGCGCCACCCGCUGAGCGCGUCCAUCAGUCAGUCCACGCGCUGCCCGCGCUGUGCGGCUCCUACCGAAGGACGCGACCCGAGAUGGACAGCAAAACACUGCUCCUGGUCGCCCUGGGCGCGUGGCUCCUGAGUUUGACCUCCUCCCGCGGAGCGGAGGCCGCCGCAGACCGAAUUAUAGGAGGAAGAGAUUUCAUGGACAUCGAAAGUAAAUUUGCCUUAAGGACCCCUGAAGAAACAGCUGAGGACACUUGCCACCUCAUUCCUGGAGUGGCAGAAUCUGUGGCUAACUGCCACUUCAACCACAGCAGCAAAACCUUUGUGGUGAUCCACGGCUGGACGGUGACGGGCAUGUAUGAGAGUUGGGUGCCCAAACUUGUGGCCGCUCUGUACAAGAGGGAACCAGACUCCAACGUCAUUGUGGUGGACUGGUUGUCACGGGCCCAGCACCAUUAUCCAGUGUCUGCAGGCUACACCAAGCUGGUGGGAAAGGACGUGGCCAGGUUUAUUGACUGGAUGGAGGAAGAGUUUAACUAUCCUCUAGAUAAUGUUCAUCUCUUGGGAUACAGCCUCGGAGCCCAUGCUGCUGGCAUUGCAGGAAGCCUGACCAAUAAGAAGGUCAACAGAAUUACUGGUCUAGAUCCAGCUGGACCUAACUUUGAGUAUGCAGAAGCCCCAAGUCGCCUUUCUCCAGAUGAUGCGUAUUUUGUAGACGUCUUACACACGUUCACCAGAGGGUCACCUGGCCGAAGUAUUGGAAUCCAGAAACCAGUAGGACAUGUCGACAUCUAUCCUAAUGGAGGCACUUUUCAACCAGGAUGUAACAUCGGGGAAGCUAUCCGUGUGAUUGCAGAGAGAGGACUUGGAGAUGUGGACCAACUAGUGAAGUGUUCCCAUGAGCGCUCCAUUCAUCUCUUCAUUGACUCUCUGUUAAAUGAAGAAAAUCCAAGUAAGGCCUACCGGUGCAAUUCAAAGGAAGCCUUUGAGAAAGGGCUCUGUCUGAGUUGCAGAAAGAACCGUUGCAACAAUGUGGGCUAUGAGAUCAAUAAGGUCAGAGCCAAAAGAAGCAGCAAAAUGUACCUGAAGACCCGUUCUCAGAUGCCCUACAAAGUCUUCCAUUACCAAGUAAAGAUUCAUUUUUCUGGGACUGAAAGUGACACGCAGACCAACCAGGCCUUCGAGAUCUCUCUGUAUGGCACCGUGGCCGAGAGUGAGAACAUCCCUUUCACCCUGCCUGAAGUUUCCACAAAUAAAACGUACUCCUUCCUCAUUUACACGGAGGUGGAUAUCGGGGAACUGCUGAUGCUGAAGCUGAAAUGGAAGAGCGACUCCUACUUCAGCUGGUCGGACUGGUGGAGCAGCCCCGGCUUCGCUAUUGAGAAGAUCAGAGUAAAAGCAGGAGAGACGCAAAAAAAGGUGAUCUUCUGUUCCAGGGAGAAAGUGUCUCAUUUGCAGAAAGGAAAGGCACCUGCGGUAUUUGUGAAAUGCCAUGACAGGUCUCUGAAUAAAAAGUCUGGCUGAAACUGGGCAGAUCUACAGAGAGAGGAAGAGCACAUGAAUUCUGUGAAGAAUGAAAUGAAUGAAGUAACUUUUACAAAGGAUGCCCAGAGCUUUGCGUGUCUAAAAGUGGAUUUUACUGAGUAUUAACCCCAGCUAUAUCUUUGUUCAUUAUUUUAGGACAUAGUCUCAAACACUAAAAAGUGGCUAAUUACAUUUGAGGAAACUAGUGGCCAAAUAGUGCAUCCUCCCACAUUAAAAGAGAGCAGAUAUGAAAAGCACUGCAUUUCGUCCUUUGAUAAAGAAAUAAGAAUUGUUUGGGUCCAUAGUAAAACAAGGCUCCUUCAUGGGACGUGUUUGGCCAUACCCUAAAAUUGGCUAGAAUCUCCUAUUUUAAUUGGAAUUCUGGAUUUUCUGGACUGAAGCCUUUUCAAAGUAUUUUUUUUUUCCACAUCUGAAUAUAGAAAAUGGUUUUCUGUGGCAUGAGUCAGACCCAUUUACUUAGCAGUCAAGACACCUGAUUUUUUAAAACGGUUCCUCUCUUGCCAUUGGGAUGUGGCCCAGGAACAUGUGACCUGGAGAGAGGGAUGGGGAAUGAGGCUCUGAGCCUUUAAACAGUCCCUGUGUUGACUGGCAUCAUGACAAAGUUACAGGGGAAAGGAGGUAGAAAAUUUAGGUCAAUUAAUUCUUAAUGGGCUCUAGAGUUUAUUGCUUGAUCUCUCUUUCCCCCUCUUUUUUUCCCCUGUGUUUCAAGACUAUAUUUUAACAAUGCUCUCUAGGUGUUGAAAAUGAGCCUAUAAUCCUCAACUGACAUAAUUUGAACUGCUCAGAAAGAAAACGAUUCCAUCAUCUUAUCAUCAGAUUUUCAAAUUAUUUUCAAUGGUGUGAAGACAUUCAGUAUCCAAUAGUUUCUAGUCAAUUGUAGGCUCAGUCAUUCUCCAGCCACACUUCCAGCUUGUCUCUUUCGUUCCUGGCUUUGACAAGAAAAUAUGUGUUCUAGUUCACAUUUUGCAUCAUGUGAACUCCUACAAAUUUUAGACAAGGACCAUUUACAAAGUAAAAUGUGGGAAAGUUACUGUGAUAUAUUCAUAAGAAGUAUUUACCAACCAUCGUGUGCAAGGAAAAGAACCUUGCGUUGCCAUAGCCACAUGAAGUGCCAUCAAGGGUGCUGUUGUUGUUUUGAACAACUAAUCAAGAGUGAGUGAAUGAUUAUUUAUAAACCAGGUCUCAUAUUUUCAGAAUGCCAAUUUAUGUAUUCAUAUAAAAUGAUAAAGACGUCAAAUAUCUCAGAGACUGUUGCUGGGAACACAGCUGCGGAAGUGUGUGGGUGAUGAACACGGGCUCACGUAUGAAGCUCUGCUGGUUUGCUCCUCAUGCAGCAUGAUAUGGAAGGUGAAUGGUCAAGAGAUGUAUGGGGAUGUGUUAGAAUAGAAAUAAUUCAGAUGUGCCAGAAUUUCAGCCCUUUCUCUGAGACAUGUGAUUGUGCUUAUACAGUGUAGGACAAGUGAUGUGAUUGACUCCAUCAGUCUUGGAAUGAAUUCUCUCUAAAAAUAAAAUGAUGUAUAAUUUA